AUGGCUGACUUAUCUAGGCUGUCCCAAAUGCCUGGAGAGACGGUUGAAGCCUUUAUUGAGGCAUCGAAUAGUAAUUAUGUCAAAGAUCCUACUUAUUCGAAUCAUUUGAAAAAGGCUGAAAGUGGCAUUAAAGUUGACGCUGCAGAAUUGAUAAAAUUCAAGCAUUACAUAUGUCGAGCAUUGAAAAAGCCUCUUAAAUGGGUUAAUGGUGUUCAGGUGGCCGGGACGUCGAUCACAGGGAUUGAAGAGGGCCAAUCCUCCUCCCCUCUACUGCCGGUGGAUUCUCUAAACCGGACUACAAACCCUACCACUUCUUGGUGUUGUUUCUUCUCUGAAACGGCAUCUGAUUUCAAGAACUUAACGUUUCAUAGCAAUCUACGUGAGAAGAAAGUUUCUAUCUCUGAAGAUGAUGUUGCUGAAGAAAUCAAGUUCUGGUCUUCUUCUGUUGUAGGAUAUGUGAUGGGAAAGAAGCCGUACUAUCACUAUUUUAAGUCAUUUGUGGAGAAACGAUGGUCCAAGAAUUUUUCUUUGGUUUACUUGAAGGAUGGUUUUUUCUUGGUUCGAUUUCAUGAUGAUUCAGAUGUUAUGAAGUGGAGCAAGAACGUUAAUCUCGUAAAGGAGGUUUUGGAAUCUGUUCCAGUAUGGAUGAGAAUUUACGAUCUCCCAGUUCAUUGUCGAAAACAACAAGUGGUUUCUAUGAUAUGUUCUUCCUUUGCUAAGCCAAUUUACAUGGAUGUUUCAAAAUCUAAUAUAGACAAAGGAAGGUAUCUUCGUGUAACGGUUGAGGUUAAUGUCAAGGAAGAACUUCCUGAUUCAAUGGUGGUGGAUAUACAUGGGGUUGACUGUGUUCUUGAGAUAGAAUAUGAAUGGAAGCCUCAGAUUUGUACUCUCUGUCAAAGAGUGAAUCACGUCAAGGAAAAAUGUCCACAAAAAGGUUAUUCAAGCUAA